AUGGGUCGAGAUCGUUCACGUUCGAUGUCAUCCAGUUCUUCUGGGCGUGGUGUACAAUCGUCAACAUGGAAUGGUGAAGAAGGUUAUCGUAUUCAUGUGUCUGAUUUAGCCGUUGGAAUAUCACGAAAAGAAAUUGAAAGAGCUUUUGCAAAGCAUGGCGAUGUUAAUGAAGUAUGGGUAGCAACAAAUCCUCCAUGUUUUGCUUUUAUUAACUUUAAACAUCGUGCAGAUGCUGAAAAAGCUAUUCGAGAAGUUGAUGGAAAACUAAUUGGUUCAACUCGUGUUGGUGUGAGUUGGGCGCGUACUCGCAGAUAUGGUGGUCGAAAUGGUGGAGGUGGAGGUCGUGGUGGCGGCGGUGGCGGUACACCAUAUGGUUCCUAUCGAAGUAGCCGGGGAGGUCGACGAGGAUCGAGAAGUCGUUCACCAAGUGAUUCACGUCAUCAAAAACGUCGAAACAGUCGAUCACGUUCAAGAGAUCGUCAUCGUCGUCGAAGUGUAUCACCACGUGAUCGUAAACGUUCAAGUCGUAAAAGUACUGAACGAAAUGGAGCUACGGAUGAACGUAAAAGUGAUGAGAAAAAAUCUAAAACGCCUCCAUCAGCUAAACGUUCUCGAUCACGUUCAACAUCAAGAAAGAAUUCAUCGAACGAUAAGAGAAAACGAAGUCCAACACAUAGUCCAAGUCACGAUGCUUAUGAUACUGGUUCACCUUCAACUACUAGAGUCGUUGAAAAUAAGGCUUAUGAUGGAUCACCGUUGGCUGCCGCUGAUGACGAAUAG